AUGCCAUCUGCGGCAGCAAGCUACGAACCAGUGCAGUGCCUCGAGUCCGCACGAAUGCUGUGCGACCUCAUUCGCUCCCCGGCUGAGCACGAGGUGUGGAUUGAGAGAUACUCGUCAGGUCUCUUAUUCCGGCUCGGUUUCGCCAAGACCCUGUCCGUAAAUGGCGAAAACACUUACCUGGAUCGGGUGUCAACUACCGUCCACAUCUUUCAGCGCGUCGCGACUACAGGAAAUUAUCUCGUGGACAUCUUCCCUUGGAUGAUGUGGAUUCCCAAGUUUCUAGCCCCUUUCAAGCGGGAACUCGAGCGAUUUCAUGUAGCAGAGUUGACUCUCUUCCGUGAGCUCCUCGACGACAUCAAGCAUCAGAUGGACAAGGGUAACGCGCCGCAAUGCUGGGAGCGCACCGUCAUCGAGAAGCAUGACGAAUUUGGCUUGACCUUGGACCAAGGGGCGUACAUCGUGGGGAACGUGUUUGAAGCUGGCAGUGGCCCAAGCACAGAUGCUUUACUUUGGCUCAUGCGGGCCUUGGUGGUCUAUCCGGAGUGGCUCAAGGCUGUUCAAGACGAGGUCGACCGGGUGGUCGGAGAAAACAGGCUCCCAGAAUUCCAUGAUAUGCCGAGACUACCUACUGUUCGAGCGUUCAUUAAGGAGACCCUGCGAUUGCGACCGCCCGUAGGUGCCGGUAUAGCCCAUCAGCUGGUCAAAGAUGAUGUAUACAAAGGUGUCUUUAUCCCUGCUGGUACAGUUGUCCACGCCAAUCAAUGGGCUAUACAUCGAGAUCCAGAAAUGUACCCAGACCCGGAAUCCUUCCGGCCUGAGCGUUGGCUGAGCCCCGAAUUUCCAACCACAUACCGUGAACCUCUGACUACUUACCCAAACAUGCAUAAUUGGUCCGUUUAUGGCUUCGGUCGCCGUAUUUGUCCAGGCCAGCACAUCGCCGAACGAUCCCUGAACAUCUUUGUGGCCCGAGUAACCUGGGCUUGUAGCAUAUCGAAGACACCAGGGGAUAACGCCGCCAUGAAUGAUUAUGCUAGCAAGUUCAAUGUCAGGCCGAAGAACUUUAAAAUGAAUUUAGAGGCUCCCUUAAUACUGCUCAUCAUCAGAAUCGUUCUCGUUCCCGAACAUCUUACCCCCGAGCGGGUUCUUCAAUCGGCAUUCGCAAUGGGCCAUUUCGACGACUGCACACCAGAUCAGCGCUUCAGUAAGACGGGUUACGAUGGGUUGUAUAAUGGAGUCGGCACCGAGAAAAUCAUUAUUGACUGGGACCAACGACGUUACAUUGCUGUCGCGACGGCGUGGCAGGAGGAGGAUGAGGAGUUCUUUUUCGAUGCCCUUGCCGAGCACAUUGACGAGAUCCCUUCAAAUGUCAUGCAGAUCGUGGUAGGCGAGCAGGGCGAGCUGCUGAGCUCUGCAGCUGAUCUGGACGAGGACCCCACCAUGAUCCCUUUUUAUCCCUCCCCGUCAGACUAUCCGGCCCAUGUGCGGCAAAUCAAGCGCGAGCGGCUUGUAGAGCUCAAUCGGAUGGGUGUCCAGGUGGACCUGUGCGAGUACAUACCCGCAGCUGGCACGGCACCGAAACAAGUCGCUUUCAAAUACUAUAUUAACGAGGGUAACAUGGGAAUCAUAUGGGAUGAGGCGAACUGCCUUCUUCGUAUACCGAAGCACCCUAAUAUCAUCCCCUUCGACAGCCUCGUUGUCGACCAAGUUGAAGGCCAGGACAAAGUAGUCGGCUUUACAACUCCCUUUGUACCAGGCGGUACCAUUCUGGACAACGUCUCGAGGCCCUUCAAGCUUAAGCAUCUCGAGCAGCUCACCUCGACCGUUGACCACCUCAACCUUACCCUUGGCAUCGCCCAUGGUGAUAUUACACCCUACAACCUCCUCAUUGACCCCCUCACGGACGACCUGCUCAUAUUUGACUUCAACCUCGCCAGCAGGCUGGGCUGGGAGACCGAGGACCACAGAAGACAGAGCUAUGACCCGGCGCGCAACGACGUCAAGUUUGCCGCCUUCACCCUCUACGAGAUCAUCACCCGGGACACUCAUCUGCGCGACGAGAAUUAUCCUCACGAACUAAACAUCGCCAUGGUCCUCGAUACGCCCGAGGACGGUGCCGCGCCGGCGUGGCAGAAACACGAGGACGUUGUUCUCGACGCCCCCGUGGCCGAGUACAGACGGCACCUUGACGAUUGGAUGACGCGUCGGUCCGCUGUGGGGUUCGGGGACAAGGAGCAGGUGGAGAUGCGUUGGGACCAGGCCCCCGGCGCGUUCGACUGGCCGCCGAUGCCCGAACUGCCCGAGGUGCCAUUCUACGGGGCGAUGCUGAGGAGGGCGACGCAGAUGAGGCAGGAGAUGGUCCGGCGCGGCACGGGGUUUGUGGCGUGGCAACGGCCGCCAAGCUUCAACGUUUCGGUCCAGCUCGGGUAUCAUGAGGUAUUGUCCGAUGCUGAAGGAUACGUGUUGUUUCUUGACACGGGGGCGCAGGCCACCCUGGACUACGGCGUCGAAGUUGGUGGGCUUGUAACUUUAAAUAUCAAGACGCUGACGGACGGGUCCAGCGGCCCUCAGCUGUCUCUUGCAUUUGCAGAGUCCCCUGCACAUGUUGGGCCAAUAUCAGACGACGCGACGGGUUCUAUAGCUUCACAAGACUGGGACAGGGAACUCAACGUGACUGUUGACGUCGGAGAUGCGGUGCUGUACACGAUGCCUCAGGAGAGGUUUCGAGGGGGUUUUCGAUUCAUGACCAUCGUUGCAAAGGCACCAGUCACUAUAUCAAACAUUACCUGCGCAGUUGGCUUCUCGCCGUCACAGGCCAACCUGCGAGACUACUCUGGCUACUUCUUCGCCCCCGGCCAUGACCUUCUCUCGAGGAUCUGGUAUGCUGCGGCCUAUACAGUGCAGACUAACAUAGGGCCCGUAGAUACGGGCCGAUUUCUGCCGCAGAUACAGCCAGGUUGGGCAUAUAACUCCAGCACUGGGGUCGCCGGACCCGUCCUGAUGGACGGAGCAAAGCGAGAUCGCGCGGUGUGGCCUGGUGACCACGGCAUCUCGGGUCAAACAGCCUUCCUGGCUCUCGGCGACAUCGGUCUUGAAGCGUUCAACAACUCGCUUGAGACCAUGUUCUAUUACCAAAAUGAAACCGGCAGGUUCCCUUACGCGGGGCCAUCGACGCGGUCCUUCAACUCGGGCAAGGAGAGCGACACUUACCACGCCUGGAACCUUGUUGCUAUCUACCAAUAUGCCAUCUUUACCGCCGAUGAAUCGUGGGUGGAGAGGCAUUGGUACAACAUCACGAACGCCGUGGGAUACAUCCUCAACGGCAUCAGCGGCGAUAUCGGUCUACACAAGCAGGUUGGGGCAAACGACUGGGGCCGACAGGGUACAGCGUCACUCGCCAAGUCCUUGAACAAGUUAGACAAGGCGCAGGCAUGGAGCUUUGCUGCAGAAGGGAUCAAGGAGGCGUUCAACAAACAUCUCUGGGACCCUGAUGCAUCACUCUACAACGACAACACAACAACAUCUCUCCACCCUCAGGACGGAAAUGCCAUGGCUCUCCUUUUCAAUCUUACAAGGGACACGAAGCAGGCCAAGGCACUGAGCAAAGCCCUUACAACCAACUGGAACGGCUUUGGCCCAGUGACACCGGAGCUGCCCGACACCAUCUCCCCGUUCAUCUCGGGCGUGGAACUUCUGGGCCAUUUUGCGGCGGGAGAACCAGACCGCGCCCUGGAGCUUGCAGGACGCCUCUGGGGCCAUUUGCUCGACUCACCGGAAAUGACGGGCAGCACACUCGCCGAGGGCCUGGCGGCCAACGGCAGUCUGUACUAUCGAGGCGCGUCCGGGUACAACUACGACGCGGCGUACACCAGCAUGAGCCACAGCUGGUCUACUGGGCCCCUGAUCGCGCUUACCACGAAGCUCACAGACCUGGGGCUUUCUGGCUGGCAUAGGUGGACGUUCGCGCCGCAGCCGGGUGGCGGGGUGCAAGAGGCGCAGAGCGGUUUUAGGAGCCCCUUUGGGCAAUUCCACGCGAGCUGGAGGCUGGCCGAUGGGAACUACAUUGCCAACGUAUCAGUACCCGAGACAACGACUUUACCAACUCUGUUGAACACCGAGACAAUGUUCGCCCUUGACAAUUUGCAGGACGGCGAGAUCAUCUACCAGCGCUGUGUUCUCGUCACAGGGCGAUGUGAAGCCACCUCUCAGAAACGCAGUGCCUAUGUGCGCAUCGAAACCAAAGAUGAUGCAGGCUGUGUUCUGUUUCCCGAGCAGCAAUGGCCAAUGUGCUAUGGUUGGUUCAAGGCGCUGCUCAUCUUAAAUCCAGGACAAAACAUCAUCGACAUCACGUCUGGGCAGGAUGGCUCUCAUAAAAAGACUAUUCGCUUGCAAUAUAUACCACUGCUCCAGACACCACCGUUGCAUCUGGCUAUUAUGGUAGCCAAAGACUCGCCCUUAGCGAUUGAUUGCCCACCAAGCAAGUACAGCGGCCUCUCAAGUGCUCAUUCUAGCCUGGAAGCUGCCAUAGCAAAGUUCCGCGUCACGGCGUAUAUGUGGCAGGCCCUGACAGCCGAAGAGUUGCGCAAGAACGGUCUCGGUCGACGAUCUUUCCGUCUGGAGGAAGAAUGGGCCGCCGAUAGCUUAAGUCAGUCCUUCGCACACGAUGUAACGAUGCAAUCCACUGCCAAAGUCCAUUUGAUCCGAGCAGACAAGACUGUUGCGGAGCUCCGCGAUGCGCAGAUUGCCCAACAGAAUCCUAGUGGAAGACGCAGAGACGAUCUGCACAAGAUUUUCAGCGAAGCGCUGCUUGCACACGGAGGACCAUUUACCUCCAAGGCAAGGCCGGUCGUAGCCGGCCUGAUCUUAGACUCGCACUACGAUGCGGAGAGCAAAUUGAUUCUCGCUCAUGCGGCUUUGGGUGCACACAAUCCUGAUGGUCUCUCCCUUGGGGUUUUCGGCAGUCACUUGACAUAUUCGUGGCCACGGUUCAUGGAGGAGGUCCCCGACUGUCUACUGGACGAGCGCGCACCCGGCGACCGAGUAGGCAACGACAACGGCGAAUGCGAGUCUAUGUGGGAAGCCAACGCUGUGGGCCAGGGGGCGUUCUUGCACGAGGUCGGCCACGCAUUCUCAGCGCCCCAUACUAUUGAGCCUGUCACGCCGUCUACAGCGAACGACUGCCGGUGGGAUGUCCGCGAUAUGCUUCGGUUCGUUAACUUGCCGCACUUCAGGCAGCCUUCAGACUCGUCACGGGACGACAAGCCUCCUAGCUUCGAGAUUCGUGACGAUGAGGAAUUCACUCGCGUAGUCAUUACCUGCGAAGCUGGCAUUGCGCAGGUGUUGCUCGAAGGCAAGAUGGAAGCCAGCGCCACUCUUGCCAUUCCUCAGACGUCCCUUCAAUACACACUUGAUGAGCUGGAGUCCCGCUUUGACCUGCUCAAGCCGCUGCAGGUCGAAGUGCUGGCCAUGAACGGCGCGCAUCAGACCACCGACCUGUCUCGGCUCUUCUCCAGCAGGUCGUCGAUUCGUGUACCAGGGACUAGCAUCUGCCUGCAGAAGCAAAGCGUCAGCAGCGGCGAGCCGCAGAAGGAAGACUGGCCAUGGGCCGUAAUGCUAAAGAAGCGCGGUCGCCAAGACGAGCUCGUGCCCGCACACAAGAUCGACCUAAGGGUCGGAUGUGCACUUGAUGGCGCGGUGGUCUACUACAAGGACGGCACGCGUGUCCCUUGUGGCCCACGUGGCAAGAACGGGAACGAUCCGGGAAUGGGUGGUCACCAGGCGCGGAAGAUUGCGAUUCCGAAGCGCGUGGAUGUCGUCAAAGUCGCGGUGACGAAGAAUAGUAGCUGUGGUCUACAAGGGUUGAGAAUGUGGCUCUCCAAUGGCAAAGCUAUGGGCGCACUAAACAAAGGCUAUGAUGGGACUGUCGAAACUCUUGUCCCAGGACCCAACCAGAAAAUCAUUGGAUUCUACGGGACUAGUGGUCAAUAUGGCAUGUGCAACGAGUUCGGCAUCGUGACAGGUCCAGCGGAUCAACACAUCCCUGACAUAGUCUACGAUUUGCCGGAGCUGCAGAACAACCCUGAUGGCGGUUCGCGACGACCGGCUAAGCGGCGACGCAUUGAAAAGCAUCAGUCCGAUACCGAAGAUGACGAGACGACGACGUCGGAAGAUGAGGACGGUGGGUAUGAUGACGAGAACGAAGAUGAGGAUGAGGACGAGUAA